CACACAAUGAAACAUUCCACCCAAGAGCUUUAAAUUCGUCCACUCCUGAAGGUUAUGUCCAGAGAGCCACACAAACAUCCAAGAUGCCUGUCGACUACAGUGGGACAUGGGACAUUGUCAGCAAUGUCAAUUUUGAGAAAUACAUGGUCGCUCUCGGCAUUGAUUUUGCAACCCGCAAGAUUGCAGGCAUGUUGAAGCCGCAGAAGGUGAUUAAGCAAGAAGGAGAUUGCUUCACGGUCAAAACCCUCUCGACGUUCAGAAAUUACGACCUCUCGUUCAAAGUUGGGGAAGAGUUUCAAGAGGUGACUCAUGGAUUGGACAACCGGACAUGCCAGACUGUGGUCAACUGGGACAAUGAAAAGCUGGUGUGUGUUCAAAGAGGGGAAAAGAAGAACCGAGGAUGGACUCACUGGAUUGAGGGAGAUGAGCUCCAUCUGGAGAUCACUUGUGAGAACCAAGUCUGCAAGCAAAUAUAUAAAAGGACUGUGUGAUUGUACAUGUCUUUUCAAAUUAUUUCAGGCUGCAGAGAACUUCAUUUAAUAGUUACCACAUUUCCAUGAAACGAGCUGUAAGCCACAUAAUGCAGCUGCUGUAUUGUAUGAUUUGAAUAAAAUGUGUUUCAGUUAAUGCUGUGGGGUUGUAGUAGUUUACCUCCUCCGGCCCACAGGGUGGUGCUGUAAAACUUUUACUUCCAAAAAAUAAAGAAAAUACACUACA